GCCCACCGGUCUCUCAGAACGACUCCAUCCCCUCCUUUCCCUGCGCCCCGGCGGCUCCACGACGCCGCGCGCCCCCGUACUACGACGGCCGGCAAAGGAGGCUCGCCGCGCCGGAGCGCUCCUGGUUGAUUGAGAGCGAGCCACGUCUUGCCUCCCUCCUCGCCCUCGGAGCGACCGAGUCGAACUCGUGGAGCCCUCGCUCGGCCUCUCCCCAUCUCUGCAGCCACAAGGUGCUGUACACCCCUUGCUUGCUAAGGUGCUGCUCAUUGCGGUGCAUGACCAUGAUUUCUGAAGAUGGAGAUAUCUCAGCUCUGCUCUCUGAACCAAAUCUAGAUGAAGAGCAGGCUGUGACUUCUGGAUCCGAUGAUUUCUUGCCUGCUAUUUUGGAAUCUAUUAAGUCAAACGAAAAGGAAGUCGAACUUUCACCUGAGGAGGCAGCUUGGGCUGAUUCGUGUUUUGUGCAGACUUCUGAACUGUCAGAUGAAGACUGGGGUGCAUUGAAGCAAGCCUUGCUUGAUUCCCUUCAAGAGCCAAUUGAAGGUUCACGCGAUACCACUGAGGUCAUGCUUGACCAAGGCACCCAUGCACUUUCAGAGGCGGAAUCCCACAGUCUGCAUGUGGAAAAAGAUGCUCAGGAUGAUAAUGUAGAGAUGGAGCAACAAGGCAAUAGCGAUGAUGACAAGGAUGCUACUGAAGUUGGGGACGUUACAAAUGUAAUUAGAGGUGCAGAUGAGCAUGGCAGGCAAAUGGACGGAUACACUGCAGAUGAGCUGGUUUCAUCUGAAGUCAUCGAGCAGGCAGAGUCGAGGGAUUCUAUCUUCAAGGUUUGGGAUCUAGACGUGUCGUUCUCCGAGGAUGAGAGCGAGCUCGAACUCAUCAAGGACCUCAAGAAACUCCUCAAGGGCAAGCCUCAGGAUGCUACGUAUCCGCCUCCUGGUGACGCAGCCAAGGCUCUGAGCGAGAUAAACGUUGAUGAACUUGUGGCGGGCUUGAGUAACUUGUCGCUGCAGCGAAACCAGUAGCUAGCAGUUUGUUCUUGGUUCCCAUGAUCCUCUGUGCAUCUCUACCGUCCAAUGGUAAUGUUGUGGCAGCAAAGCAGUGAGUGACGGUUUGUUUGUUGGUCCAGCCGGUCCAUUGUGCAUCUGGACCAUCAGGUGGUUGAUGUCGUGUCUAAUGGGCGCAUAUUACUUCUUUCGUAGGCUUCUUUAGACUUCAGACUUAGGUUGACUUUCGAUAUUUGUUUUGUACAGUAUAUGUCUAGACACCCUUGAAACACGCCGUUUGAGUUCAAUUCAGGCAGAUUUUGGACUGCUCCUCAGGCCUUGUACAAUGCAAGGUGCUUAGUAAAAUAAACGAGUUUUUUGAA